AUACUUCUCUCAGAAAGAUAAAACCUUUCUCUCUCUCUCUCCCUCUCCCUCUCUGCUUAUCCAUCACUGAACAUUCUUUCUUUCAUCAGCCUCAAUCAAUUCAACUUCAGAUUCUUUUCUUUCUAAUGAUCCAAGUUUUCCACUUUUUCGAUUGUUUUGUGGCAAUGACGUGGUUCUCAAUUCCUUCGCUAUCUGAGAUCGUAAAACAUGUGUCGAUUUCAAGCUAGCCCAUAUGUCAAAGUUGAGAUUUUUAUGCGGUUAGAGAUGGGGUUGGAUAGGUUGAGCGAUUUUGGGUUGGUACUUGGUAGUUUGGUUUCAUAGUUUUGAGGAUUCAAUGUGUCCCGAUAAGAUCGUGAGGCGAAAACAGAUGGCUGUAGGCGGCAAAACCAGAAAUAUGUUUGAAGGUUUGGUAAAAGAAGGGUCAUUUAAAUGGUUGCUUGGCAAGAAAAGUUACUUUGAUGAAGAAUUGGAAGAGAUGGAACAUUCUCCUUCUGCUGGGAGGAAUUUUAUACGAGAGCUCUCUCCUGUUGCAAACCUAGUUGUUCGUAGAUGCUCAAAAAUCCUUAAGACCUCUUCAAUUGAUCUUCAGGAGAGCUUCAAUCAGGAGGCUUCUGAUUCUAUAAAGCAUCCAUCACGAUAUGCAAGGCAUUUAUUGGAAUAUUGUUGUUUCAAGGCACUUUUCCUGACUACACAAAUGACUGGUCAUCUCUUUGAUAAAACAUUCCGGCGUUUGACAUUCGACAUGAUGUUGGCUUGGGAAGUCCCUGCUGCUGACAGCCAACCUUUAACCAGUAAGGUUGACGAGGAGGUAUCAGUUGGUUUAGAAGCUUUCUGUCGAAUAGCCCCUUCAAUUCCUAUCAUUGCUGAUGUCAUCAUUAGUGAAAAUCUUUUUGAGGCGCUGAGUUCAUCAACUGAUGGUCGCCUUCAGUUCCCCAUCUAUGACAAGUACCUCAGUGGCUUAGAAAGAGCUAUAAGAAAAAUGAAGAGCAAUUCUGAGUCGUCUCUAUUGGCUGCUGUAAGAUUCUCUAGAGAAGAGAAGAUUCUCGAGGUUGAUGGAACAGUCACAACACAACCAGUCCUUGAGCAUGUAGGAAUAUCAACCUGGCCUGGAAGGUUAAUCCUGACAGAUCAUGCACUUCAUUUCGAAGCACUUCGUGUUGUAUCAUAUGAUAAACCAAAAAGAUACGACUUGUCAGAAGAUCUUAAACAAGUUGUUAAACCUGAGUUGACUGGACCAUGGGGUACUCGACUUUUUGACAAGGCAGUCUUCUAUAGUUCAUCUUCCCUAUCAGAACCUGUUAUACUAGAGUUUCCAGAACUUAAAGGUCAUGCACGUCGUGAUUAUUGGUUAGCUAUCAUCCAAGAGAUUCUGUAUGUUCACAAAUUCAUAAGCAAAUAUGGAAUUAAAGGGGUUGCACGGGAUGAAGUGCUUUGGAAGGCUGUUUUAGGAAUUUUGCGUUUACAAGCUAUUCAGGAUAUUAGUUCCCCGAUUCCUGUACAGAAUGAUGCUCUUCUCAUGUUUAAUUUAUGUGAUCAGCUUCCAGGUGGAGACUUGGUAUUAGAAACCCUUGCAAAUAUGGCAAACAGAAGAGAGUCAGAUCGUGAGAAUGAUUUCAAGGAUGGUGGUGGAAUGCGUUCUAUCUCAGCCUUGGACAUGGUUUCUAACUUAGGAUUUGUAUUUGGAACAAGUUCAAACAACUCAAAUGAGAGCAGGAUUGCUGUGGGUGAAAUAUCUGUUGGAGAAAUGACUGAAUUGGAAAUAGCGAUUAAAGAAUCUAAGAACAAUCAUAAAAAGGUUAUAUCUGCACAAGCUACAGUUGAUGGUGUUAAAGUUGACGGUAUUGACACUAAUUUAGCUGUCAUGAAGGAGUUACUUUUUCCUAUAAAUGAACUUUGGAAGUCUCUUCAAGCUUUGGCAUAUUGGGAUGAUCUAAGGAAGUCUUCAGGGUUUUGUUUGUUUUUCAGUUACAUCAUUUACCGGAAUUGGCUUGGCUAUGCUGCAUCACUGAUGCUUAUGUUAUUUGCUGUUUUUAUGAUAAUUACCCGAUGGUUUAGCCAAGGUAGGUCAGUUCCCGAAGUUAAAGUAAUUGCUCCUCCCCCAAUGAAUACAAUGGAACAGCUUUUGGCCGUUCAGAAUGCUGUCUCUCAAGCUGAACAAUUCAUCCAGGACGGCAACGUAAUUUUGCUCAAGCUUCGCGGCCUGUUGCUGUCCAUUUUUCCUCAGGCCACAGAGAAGUUGGCCUUUUGCCUUCUAUCAGCAGCCUUGAUUUUGGCUUUCAUGCCCUAUAAAUACAUAGUUUUGCUACUCUUCUUGGAGAUAUUCACAAGAUAUUCGCCUCUGAGGAAAACUAGCACCGAGAGAUUGAUGAGGAGAUUAAAGGAAUGGUGGUUCAGCGUACCAGCAGCUCCUGUUACAAUUGAAAGAGAUAAAGAGGAAAAGAAGAAAAAAUAGAUUGUUGCAUGGUUAAAUGUUCUGUGUAUAUGUUUUUGUUUAAUAUUGCUUUUCUCUUGUAUAUAGAGAUGUGUGGAAGCAAAUUAAUUAAUUAGAAAAUGCAAUUACACUUUCCUACGUAAAAC